AUGCCUGUAAGUACAAUAAACACACACACACACACAUACACACACACACACACACACACUGAUCCAUGCUGUGUUCCUCUCCUCUCUAGGGAGCGUCGUCCAGCCUGGUGGUGAAGUUUGCAGACACAGAUAAGGAGAGGACCAUACGGCGCAUGCAGCAGAUGGCUGGACAGUUUGGCAUCUUCAACCCCUCUGUCGCCCUACCCACGUUCAGCAGCUACAGCACCUACAGUAGCUAUGCACACGCAGUAAGCACAUACACAUACACACACACACACACACGCAAUUUGGUAUCUGUCACUCUGACACACCGAUGCCUCACUGACAGCUUGCUCUCAUUCUCUCCCUCUUUUCCCCUUCCUCCCCGAUCCACCUCCUCUCCCCAUCAGUUGAUGCAGCAGCAGCAGGCAGCGGUGAUGGCCGUGUCUCAGGGGGGCUACCUGGCCCCCAGCCUCUCCUUUCCCUCCGCCCAGAUCCACCAGAUGGGGGCGCUAACCAUGAACGGUCUGCCGCCCAACCCUCUCAAUCUCGUGUCAGGUCAGUCACGUCGGAUAAAUCAGCAAUAUGCAUGAUGAGUAAGGUGGGAGACCUGGGAACUCGUGUUAGCUCCCAGAGCUAGUGCCUAGGGCUAGGCUUUAGCUCAGUGGGCUAACACAGUCUCGAGAUGCUCAGACAACCUGGGUUCAAUACCUGGUCAGUUACAUAUGAGUCUUGGAAAUGUGUGAUAUCACAUUUCACUACGCGGUCCUGGGAUCUAUCGCUCUGACUGGGGGUCGUUUUUAAGCUUGGGCGAUAUACCGUUUAUACUGUAUACCGGGGUAUUUAAAAAUAUAUAUAAUAAUAAUAAUACAACAUUUGGGGGGUGCGUGCUACGCCACUGCUUAUAACUAUAAGUUAAAUAUAACUAUAAGAAAUCUAAUAUGUGUCAAAUAAAUGAUAUCGAGCUUAGGGCUCCAGCAAUGCAUUUGGUUUGCUAACUUGCUAGCUGAGUGGCUAGAUGUCAAGGUCAAGCUUCUUGGUUACAGCAGAGACAUUCAAUCCCCUCCUGGAUCAAGAUCCCUGUUGCCUUAAAAAAAAUUGCCCCUUGUGUUCACUUCUGGUAAUACCGUAUACCCCGGUAAGGUACAGAAACAGUAUGACGGUAUGAAAAUCUGGAUACCGCCCAACACUAGUAGUUUUACAAUUUACACCAUUGAUCCCACAUAAUCAAUACAGUGUAACUCUGCACUGGAGACACAUUAUAUACAGACUGCCUUUGUAUUCUCACUUAGUGUAGAUGUUUGAGAUUUCUCCCUCAAGUCAAGUAAUUGCUUGAGAGAGUGUUCACACCUGGUUUCUAGGUCUAAAUCAGUUUCUGGGAACCAGCAGACAAUGUGGCCUAUAAACUACAAUAUGUCCAGGAAAAUACCUUUAGUGAAAUGUAAACUAUUCUACUCUGGUCUUCACAGUCUACUCUCUCUCUCUCGGUAUUGAGCCAAAUAGGAGUCUGGUUUUAUAGAUCACAUAGUUCAUAUUACUGUGGGGGAAUCUCUGUGGUCCAUGAAAGUGUAUAAUGUUUCAUAUUCCAUUAAUAACAGAUACUGUAUCUCUGUAUUGCUUUCUAUCAUUCUCACUCUCUGUCACUUUCUCCCUAUAAUCUACUGUAUUGCUUUCAAUUCAAUUCAAUUCAAUUCAAUUUGCUUUAUUGGCAUGACGUAACAAUGUACAUAUUGCCAAAGCUUACUUUGGAUAUUUACAAUAUUAACAUAAUUAAAGUAAUAAUGAUCAAUAUUGUCAACAGGACAACAGUAACAACAAUAACCAAGGAUCAAAAUAACCAUUGAACAAUAACAAUAUAGAGAACAUGUGCAGGUUGGUUGGUCUGUCAGACACUGUCCCUCAUCUUAUGGCAGGCAGCAAUGUAGUGCGCUGCCAACCCACAGCUCUCUGCGUCCUCCCCCAACAGGAUGGGUUCUUUCCCUCUCUCUUACACACACAUGCUUACGCACGCACGCACGCACCACACACAUAUCGCUAAAGACUAUCCUAUCACAAAUACAGUAUUUGAGAUGCCUACACAGUACACACAGAAUCAUGCAGGCGAAUUACAAUGCAGAUUGGAGGCCCUAUCUCCCUCCUGAGGCUGUAUCAGUUUAGUGCAGACACACAUUCAACCCAUUUCACUGUGGGAGAACGUCUUUAUUUGUCCCAGCUGUAGACAAGACAGUGAGCAGUGAGCACAGUAAAAUGCCCCUGCUGCUGCCUUAGUGAGCAGAUCCGGGUUGCUCUGUCUUACAGCAGCAUGUCAUUGUGUUGCUAUGCUGACAUUGCAGAGUGAUUUUUAUCACCAUGUGAGCUUUGAGACGCCUGCUGUUACACACCUGCACACACACAACACACAAACAGUACACACAUACUGUACAUGAGACACACACACACACACACACUCUUUCUCUCCAUUCUGUCUAUCCUUCUCCCGCUCUCCCUUUCUCUCUCAUAUACAUUAAGUCCAAUCCCUGUG